AUAAUAUAUAUUUUCACUUAUUGUUAUCUCAAAUUACAUAUUUUAUGAUAAUGGAGAAAAAAAUCUCUUAAAUUUAGUGCUAAUUUUAAUUGCAUUUAUUCUUUAAAAGGUUUGAACUUGCUUAUUCUUUAAAGAAAUACUUUUUAAAAAAAUAAUCUUUCCAAUAACUUAUUAUUCCACAUCGUCCCCAUUCAUGGCAACAUUUAUUUAAAAAGAAUAUCACGACGAGUUUUAUAUAUAAUCAUUUAAUUCAUUAUAUUAGCUUUACCAUUCUUCAAUUCAAAUCGAUUCAGAAUAUUUUUAUGGUAUUUAUUAUUCAAUAUAAUCGAACGCGCACACCCAAUACGCUUGUUAUCUAUGAAACAUAAUUUUUAUAUUAACUUGUGACCAUGGACAAAUUAUUCUACACAUGCAUUCUUAAAACCCUCUUGGCUCUUAAGAUAGAAAUUAUCCACAAAGAUGUCUAUUGUUAAAAAAUAAUACGACGUUGAAUGUUGAGCCACAUUCGUCAUUCGCACUCCCUUAUCACGGACUCCCAAAUUUAUGUAGCCAGCUUCCGAGUAAACAACGCGUUCUUCUUGAACAAUGUCCCGCGAAAAUAUAAUAUUCCGCCAUUCAUUUAUAUUUUAAAAAAAUAAAAUUUGAAAAAGACAGUAGUGAAUGGAGAACCUCCCCUCGCCAAAGCCUUGUUCCUCAACUGCGCCCUUCGCUAGAUCCUUGCCUCCAGGACUCGGCCUUUUUACUUCUUCUGGGCUGCAAGAAGACAAUUCCUUCUCACCAUAUCUUUUUCAAAAAUUAAACACCGAUACCGCGUACGAUAUACACGCUAACACAAACAACGCUUGCAAAAGAUCCGUUAGCGCUAGAGAUUCGUCUCGCUUUCCUAUCGUUGAUAAAUUAACUAACAUAUGUAAAAUUAACAACUCGACAUUCGGCACCGGUAGAUACGCCUUCAAUUACAACCAAGUAGUUUGUCGGAAACGUCAGGAUCUCAAAACUCUCCAUUGCGAACUAUGUCGACCUGUCACUAGUUCAGCUAGUUUUCAUUCCGAAAAAAUGGUACCAAAAUGUAGUGCCCGAUUUCCUGGAGGUCACUCCCGCCAAAAUUCUUACGCAUCCUCUUCUGGGUAUUCUAGCGAAUCAUGCUCGUUUCACUCACUGGGCUUCCACAACUGCAGCGCUAACAACACGCUCGGCAAAACCUGUUUCAAAAUUAGUGGUGCCAAUAAUAAUAACGCGAUUAAAAAUUCCGAAGUUGGCCUUAAUUUAAAUGACGAUAGCAAUUGUUGUACACUACGACUCGGUGGUGGUAAAUAUAACUUAAAUACGAGAAUCGGAGAACAAACGGAAUCGACUCAUCCUGCGAGUUGCAAGAAGAUCAAUAUUAUCACAGAGUUUUUAUCCACUAAGAACCUUUUCCCCUGGAAAUCGAAAGAUUGUGUUAAAACAAAUCAUAAAAGCAACACGAAUCCUCCCGAACAUGCUAUUCCUUACGCGAAUGACUUGAAUGGCGGGGUACCGUCCAUCCAAGUAGAUAGCUUUUCUGAGUGCGUGGAGGUGUCGGGCCGACCCGAAACCUCGGACAGUGGCAUAUCUUCUCGGGAAUCGGUAUCCAUCCACGAUACAGAUAUUAUUCUUUCUCUUUCAUCCACACAAAUACAGGAAGAGACUCACCCAAAAUCGCUUGAUUCAGUUCCAUUGGAUAACGUUUACGAACCCGAAUACGCUUGUCGCUGCAUAUGUCACGAGUUAUCUAAAUAUGCCGAAUCAUUAUCAAGCCGACCACAAAUUGAACAAAAAAUACCCGUAACAGAGCCGGAUGUUAAAACCAACUUCGAAACUAUUCGGCCCACAGAAUCGGAUAGUAAAGUAGGAGUUAACGUUACUGGGAGAAUUAAAAGUUUCGGCAAAGCGAAUUCCUUUCUUGUUACCACCCCUCAUUUGAUUUUGGAGAAUAGGCCUGGCCAUCUUCCGCCCAAAAAGCCUGAGGAAGAGUCUAGACACAGGAACCUUUAUAAUCAAAUGAUAGUAGCAUCCAAAAGGAAAGAGGCCAAAGAAUUUAAGCUGAAAAAGAAACUACAAAUCCUAGCCCUCAAAAGCGAAGAGAAAUUAACUCAACUCGUUAAGACAUGGAAUAUCGAAAUAUUGAACGACUGGGAAAAUAUGAAAAAUUCCAAAAAGACGAGAACUCUAUGGGAACUCGGUUUGCCACCUUCUAUUAGAGGCAAAAUUUGGUAUUUAGCCCUCGCGGAAAAUCAAUCGUCCAUCAUUGAUAAAGACACAAUAAAUUCUUGCCUAUCCCGUUUCGAUCCGGCCACCGAACAUCAAAAGUGCUACAAUAAUAUAAGCUUAGAUGUUAGCCGAACCUUCCCUCAUCUCUGUAUUUUUCAGGAAGGUGGACCUUACCAUCAAACUCUCAAGGACCUCUUAGUGGCUUAUAGCGUUUACAAUCCCGAGAUUGGAUAUGUUCAAGGUAUGUCAUUUAUUGGCGCUAUUCUACUACUAAAUAUGGAAGUUGAGAAAGCAUUUACUUGUUUUUGUAAUAUCUUGGAUUUACCAUGCUUCCAAACCUUCUACAAACUCGACCAAAACGAUAUGAAAAAGUAUUUUGAUUUAUACUCGGAAUUUUUGGAAGUUAAUUUACCGGAAUUGCACGAUCAUUUUGCGCAUCUGAAUUUCACGCCAGAUUUGUACCUGACAGAUUGGAUAUAUACCAUCUACAGCAAAUCUCUACAAUUAGACGUUACAUGCAAAAUUUGGGACCUCUUUCUGAGGGACGGAGAGACCUUCCUAUUCAGAACGGCCCUAGGUAUAUUAAAAUUGAACGAAGAUAUUUUAAUAAACAUGGAUUUCAUGCAAGCAGCGGAAUUUCUCACAAAGCUUCCAGAUAACAUGCCUACCGAGGAUUUAUUUAAAGCCAUUUUUAAAAUCGCUAUAUAAAUAUUUGAUUUAAUUUCUCUUCAAAUACGAAGAAUAUUAUUUCAACUUUCUCCCCCCUUCCCCACCCCUAUUUUUAAAUGGUAAAAAAGGUAAUUUGAUUUUAACAAUAUAUUUCUUAAAUUCGUCCAUUUAAAAAUCCACAUUAAAACCUUCUUUUUUCAAACGAUACAAUCAAUAAUGGGAAACAAUUAUAUUUUGGUCACAAUUUUUUUAUCGUCGCAAUAAAAAUAAAACUUUACAAAACAAACAAAAAUUGUAUUAUUUUUUAAAUUACGACAUAAAAAUGCAUUUAUUGUACAUACUAAGUUAUUAUUUAUUUAAAUUUCAUUUUUCGGUUCCUAACACAAAGAAUCCCGCUAAAUCAAGUGCUGUUUUAGACUAAUCAUAAUUUUAUUGAAUAUUUGUAUUCUUAUACGACAUUUGAGGACGAAUCAAUCAAAAAUAUUUUUGAUAAAGUUUUGACAUAAAAUAGUCAGCUAAUUCAUUGCUUUAUUUUCUUCUGGCUAUUUUAAAAUCUAAAAAUCAAAUGUAAUUUUAAUAAACCCUUCAUUUUUUUUAUCCCAACCAAUACU